UUUCAAUUUCAUAGGGCUCCACAGAAAAGAGCUUUCUAUUGGAGCGAUUAGAAGCAGCAGCAACCAAUUACACGGAAGCUUCCACCGACAACACAGGGAACGUGACACACCUUCUUUCCUGUUCUCCUUCGCCUUCUCUCCCUCCUUCCUUUUAUUCAUAGCAGAAGCGCCUCAGCUCUAAUUGGCCGGAGGGUGUGCGCUUUCAGCCAAUCAUAAGUGAGGCUGGACUCCUACGCUACCAAGAGAGCGAAUCGUGGGGAGAAUUCACCUAUAAUUGGUCGCUCCAAGACAAGGAUUUAAUUUUGAAUCUUUACGGCAUAAAGAGGCUGCUGCUCGGACUCCGUCUAACCCCCCUGGCUGUUAGACUAAAAUCAUGCCCAAGUUCAAACAACAAAGAAGAAAGCUGAACGCUAAAGCCAAGAGAUUAGUCAAAAAAAAAGAAGCUGCUCGAUUCCAGUCCAAGCCAGUUAUGCCUUCCCCUCCACUACCAUCACCAGAAAGAAUGGUUAUUUCUUCAACAGAUCUACCUCAUAGUACAAACUGGCUCAGACCAUCCUGGAACUUCAAAUUUUCCAACAUCAAAGAAGUGAUACAAUGUUGGACAAAUAGAGUGUGGUCAGUGUAUAACUGGUGCCAGAGCUGUGUAGCACAGAGUUUAGAAGUAUUGAAAGAUAACAUCUUUCAAUUCCGAAGCUGCCACCAAGAAUACCAUAGUCUAAAACAACAAAUUUGCAUUUUGGAAAAUGAAUUAUGCAAGAUCCAGGAAACACUGAAGACUCUCCCAGAAAAGUCUUGUCCAACCUGUGGUCAAUCGUGUCACACAAGUGGUAAGCUUACAAAAGGUAGAAAUCUAACCAGCCCCAGAGACUCUCUAGCCACACGUCCACCAUCAGACAGCCAACUUCCUCCACCACCACCGCCACCGCCACCACCACCGCCACUGCCACCACCUCCUCCUCUGCCACCACUGUAUCCUGUGCUGCUCAGAAAACCCAGCCUAUCUAAAGCACCUCAGGCUGGAGCAUUAAGAAAGAAUGAACCCAUGCAGAUAACAGUUAAAGAUCUACUGACUGUAAAAUUAAGGAAGACACAGACUGAUGAAAAGAGGAAGCUUGUACCAUCACCGAAAGCACGGAAUCCACUAGUUACUAUUACAGACCUGCAGCGUGUUACCCUGAAACCUAACUCCAAAGAUUUAUCAACGCGAGUUACAAAUGUCUUAAUUACUACAGGUAAAAGCCAGGUGGAUCUGCGGAAGCUUCUUAGAAAAGUCAAUGUGGAGAGGAGCCCAGGAGGAACUCCUCUGAUCAAUAAAGCAAAUACGGAAACAGGAACUGGACUUAACCCUGUAAUGACCCGGGCCUUGAAGAAAAAAUUUCAGCUGGCUUACCCUGGAAGCACAAGUCAAACUCUACCACGUUCUACAAGCAGCUUCGAUGAACAAAACUGAUGCUGAUGCUGCCUGACUCCAUGCGAUGACCCAUCAAACCCCCAGUCUCAGUGUAACUGCGCCUCCAGUGAAUCGAAGUGGCGGGACCUCAGACGGCUCAGCAAGUCACGGCGGGACCUCAGGCAGCUUGGCAAGUUGCAGUGACCUCGGUCAGCUCGGCAAGACACCAACUGCAGCAGGAACACUGAACCUUUAGCUGUUCUAGUAAUAGCACCGAGAUUGUAUGUUUGGUUGGUUCUUCUCACCUUAAUUUCUUCUUUGGAUGAGAGAAUUCAUCUCCCUCUGUUUGGGGCUCCCCAUGCUGUAUUAUGUUGAAUUCUAAGUUGACUAUCUCAGGGAGCCUCUGUAGCCAGCUGUUAUCUAUCCGCCGUCUUUGCUCCCCCCACCCCCGAACUUUUUCUUAAUAUAGAAUGUGCUUAAGUAUGUUAAUAUAAUUCCAUAUGAAGUCUCAGAGUAUGUAUGGAACCUAUAUAUAUUGGGUGUUUUCUAUUUUUGCAUGAUGGUUAAAGAACCAGAUGGGAAAAUACAGUCUGCAAAAGUGAUAUUUAUCCUGCAAUGACCCAAGUUAGGUUGCAUCAAGAGGUUGUGGAAGUUUAACUAACUCCAAUUUAUAUUGUAUAGGUGCAGUUAGGACUUAAGAAUCAAGUCUGAAGUUGCAUCUAGUGAUACAUACCUAUAAUUCUGGCUGCUAAGGAAGCAACAUAGAAGGAACACAGAUUCAAGGCCAGACUGGGUAACUUAGUGACACCUUGCCUCUAAAUAAGUCUAAUAUAGUCAAGCAUGGUGGCACAUGCUCAUAGUUCUACCUACUUGGGUGGCUGAGGCAGGAAGAUUACUUGAGCAGACAAAUUCAUGACUAGUAUGGGUAAAAUCCCUUCUGAAAGAAAGAAAGAAGGAAAGAAAGAAAGAAAGAAAGAAAGAAAGAAAGAAAGAGAAAGAAAGAAAGAAAAGGAAAAUGAUUCCUGUUCAUACUAUGUCAGGUAACUAAAGACUUUUUUGGGAGGGCAGAUUUGAGACAGGGGCUAUCUAUGUAGUUCAGACUGGUGUUUAACUUACUAUAUGUAGCCCAAACUGGCCUUGAAAUUGCAGCAAUCCUCUUGCCUCAGCCUCCUGAGUUCUAGGAUUGUAGGCAUGAGCCAUCACACCUGGCCUGAAAAGGCUUUUAUCCCUUAAAGCUCAUGCAUUGUUUGCUACAAAUAUGAUCUACAAAAAAGACUCCCUAGGGGCUGGGGAUUUAGCUCAGUGACAUAAGCACCUACCUUGCAAGUGCGUGGUGGUGAAUUCAAUCCCUGGUACAGAUUAAAAACAAAAACAAACAAACAAAAAAAACCACCCUAGGUUUUAUUUCCAUAGAACUAAAGUAGCCCACUCCUCAUCCAAAUAUAACUAUUUUCCAAAAUAAUUUAAAGCAAAAGUCCUAAUGUGACCUUAAAAAUUAUUUCUAGCACCUCCGGUAGGUAGUUCUGUCUGACUCAGUGUAGGCUGAGAUAAUCCUUACUUCUUUUGUUGAUAUUUAUGCUGCUGGAACCCAAAGCUUCACCUGCUAUGUGUGCUCUACCACUGAGCUACACGCUCCCCCCACUUACAUUUCCUAGUUUUAUAUUUGCUGUCCACAUCAUGCUGCUAAAUAAAAAUUUUAUGAAAACUCCAACACAAACCUUCUAUUUCCACAGUGCCCUCCUAUAUAUUUUCUGAAGUUCAUGACGGGUUCACCGAGACCUGGUUCCCUGUGCUCAUUAGUUUAUAUAGUCAGUAACAAUGAUAAUGUACAUUUCAGGCUGGGGAUUUAGCUCAGCGGCAUAAGCGCCUGCUUUCCAAGCAGGCAGUUGUGAGUUCAAUCCCUGGUACCGAUAAAAACGAAAAAAAGACAAAAAAUAAAAAUAAAAGAUAAUGCACAUUUCACUAGAUUUUAUUCUCUUAUCAAUCUAGACUUGUCAGGUUUAACAAAUAAGAAUGCAAGAUACCCAACUAAAUUGGAAUUUCAGAUUAACAAUAAUUAACUUCUAAGUAUAAAUAUGUCGCAUGAAAUACAUUCAUACUAAAAAAGUAUUCAGGGUUAAGGUGUAGCUCAGUAAUAGAGUACUUGCCUAGCAUGUGUAAGUCCUGGGUUUGAUAACAACAGUGCCAAUUUUUUUGUUGUUAUUAAUUUGAACUUCAUAUUUAACUGAGCAUCUUCUAUUUUGCCUAGCAACAUUCUUAUUCUCUUGCAAAGUUGCUAAGUAUUUCUGCUUCCAGUUUUCCAGAUAUGUCUACUUGGUAGUUAACACUACUGCAGCUCCAGCCAGGAUCUGCCUCAUAUGUAUGGAAAGUAUUGUAGAAGAAGGGCAAUUUAAUUUCCAUUAAAGUCCAUUCCAUGUGAUUGAAGGUACAUGAUUAGAUUUCUUACUGUUGUUGUUUUGCAUUACUGGGGGUCAAACCCAGGACCUUGCGCAUGGUGGGCACGUGCUCUACCACUAGGCUACUUCCCUAACCCCAGGACUAGCCUUCAUGCUGAUAGCUUCCUCCUGAGUCCCAAGAAUAAAAAUAGCAGCUUCUUCAUUUGUAGGAAAUAAGGAUUUCUGACCUUCACUGGACUUUCUAGUCUGACAAGUAGUAGCUAGUAUGCAGAUGGUAACCUUGAAAUAUCCUUCAGUUAACUUACCAGGGAUGGUGAACUUUUUAGAGCUUCCAACAAUACCAACGCCCACUGCAGGACACAUGCCAUAGGUUCACCACCACUAACAUAGGAUGAAAAGAUAAUUUAGCAACUUCCCCAAAAUACCUGUAUUUCCACAGAAAAAUAUUGCUAUGAGGUACUAAAUAGAGUGAUGUUAGAAAGUGACCAGAAUGGAAAGCAGACUUAGGGGUAAUAUUUAGCCUGUAAGAGGCAGUCCUGUUUAUGAGACCUGCAUGCAUAUUUACAACACAUUUAUGUUUGAAAAUGAAAUAGUAAAGUAAAAGACAUAUCUGCUGGUAGUAGAAGUUGUUUUUCUUAAAACCUUGAUAGCUAAACUGGAGAUUUAGCUCAGCAGUUCAAGCACUUGCUUUGUAAGUACAAAGUUGUGAGUUCGAUCCCCAGUCCCUAAAAAACAAAACAAACAAAAACCCUGAUAGCUACUUUUAUAUUAUGUAAGAAUCAAAGGAAUAAUUGCUGAGAAUAUAGAAACUUAUUUGUAACACAAUUAUACUUUAUGGGACACUUAUAUUUAUAUUAACAAACCAUUAUAUACUAUACCAUUGUAAUCUAAACAAUUUGACCAUUCUUUUGUUUUCUGAGGAAGGGUCUCACUAUGUACUUCCAAUUGACCCGGAACUCAUUGUGUAGCCUGCUUGAAUUUGACAUGAUCCUCCUGCCUCAUCCUCUCACGUGCUGGGAUUACAGUGUGUGCCACCACACCCAGUUAAUGUGACCAUUCUUGUGGGAUCCUUUAUCAGAAAAGCACUAUAGAAAUCAUAUAUUGUGGGCCAGGGAUACAGCUCAGUGGCACAAUGCCUGUUCUGGCAAGCACAAUGUCAUGAGUCUGAUCUUCAUUACCAAAAAAAAAAAAAAAUUAUAUAUAAAUAUACUUGCAAAGCUGCUAGUGCUAUUAUAUCAGUAUUAAAAUGUAUCCUACCUUUUACUAAUUUUGGGGGGGGUAUCAAGAAUCGAACUCAGGACUUCAAGCUUCCUUUUACCAAUGUUUUUUUUCUUUUACCCUGUAAAUAUACCCUGUAAAUGCUAUGGCCUCAUUAAACUAUUACUUAUUAUGUACUCCCAA